CAGAGAAUACCUCUAUCAUUAGUAGUUUUAUUCUAGUUAUUUUAGUUCCCACUAGUUAUUAUAGGGCAGAGUAGCCAGCAGGGCGCGCGCGAGCUGACAGCACGAGCGCGUGCGUGUGUAAUAUAAGUCAGUCAGUCAGAAGCGCGAGCGGAGCGACCACCGUCCCGGCGCGCGGACAGAGAGCAGCUUCAGCAGCCCAGCAGCCACACUGUCCACUGAUAGAGAAGAGCCAGAACCUUCAAACACACCCAGAGGAGUCAGCAUCUCGUGAGGACUCGUGCGCUGCUGCUGCCCUGAGGGUGGAUAUUCCCACUGGACCCGCAGACCUGCUUCAGUGUUGAACUUUUAUAAAGACACAAUCACCAUCAUCAAUGAGGACACUGGGCAUGGCUGUGUUCAAGCAACAGAAAGUGGAGGAUUUUUAUGAAAUUGGAGAGGAGCUCGGAAAUGGACAGUUUGCUAUAGUGAAGCGAUGUAAGGAGAAGAGCACAGGAGUGGAGUAUGCAGCAAAGUUCAUAAAGAAACGACAGAGCAGAGCGAGCAGGAGAGGAGUGCGGCGAGAGGAGAUCGAGAGGGAGGUGAACAUUCUUCAACAUCUCCAGCACCCCAACAUCAUCUCACUGCAUGAUGUCUACGAGAACCGCACCGACGUGGUCCUUAUCCUCGAGCUGGUCUCUGGAGGAGAGCUCUUUGAUUUCCUGGCUCAGAAGGAAUCUCUGAGUGAAGAGGAGGCGACGGAGUUUAUCAAACAGAUUCUGGAUGGAGUUCAGUAUCUACACUCCAAACGCAUUUCGCAUUUUGAUUUGAAGCCUGAGAAUAUUAUGCUGCUUGACAACAACGUCCCUCUGCCACGAAUCAAGCUUAUAGACUUUGGCCUGGCUCAUAAAAUCGAAGAUGGUGUCGAGUUCAAAAAUAUUUUUGGAACGCCAGAAUUUGUGGCUCCAGAGAUUGUCAACUAUGAGCCUUUGGGAUUAGAAGCAGACAUGUGGAGCAUCGGAGUCAUCACAUACAUCCUUUUGAGUGGUGCUUCCCCAUUUCUGGGCGAGUCUAAACAAGAAACCAUGGCAAACAUUUCUGGCAUGAACUAUGAGUUUGAUGAGGAAUUCUUCGGCAGCACGAGUGAGCUGGCUAAGAACUUCAUCAGACAGCUGCUUACAAAAGACACAAGAAAGAGGCUCACAAUAGAAGGUGCUCUUAACCACCCGUGGAUAAAGCCUGUGAAUCCUAGACAAGCUCUGGUGCGCAGACAGUCUGUGGUCAACAUUGAGAACUUCAGACGGCAGUACGCUCGCCGGAGAUGGAAGUUCUCCUUCAGGAUUGUAGCUCUCUGUAACCAUUUGACACGCAUGAUGAAGAAACCACAAGACAGGCCUAAAGAGGGAUACGUGGAGCGCACAGUGGCCAUGUUUGAGAGGGAAUGUGAGAGUGAUCAGGAGGAGGAGGUAAUGCUUAGGAGACCCAGGACCAGGAAGAGGAGCAGCACUUCUUGAAUCUUGAAGCUCCUACACAGAGGACAAUGGGUCUGUCGUAAGCAAAGACACACCAGCUGUGAAAAAAAAACACAUUGGUGUAAAACAGUCCCGGUUGUGCCUUUAACAGGUACACACCCUAUAAGGAAAGUGUUUUAUAAGAGGGUCUGAGUCAUGUAAAUAUAUGCCUUGGCCACACUCACACAUACAGUUGUUUGUCAAAUAACUGCGUCAAGAAAAGUGAUGCAAUAAGUGCCAGGAAUUGAAAUAGGAUGUUUUUUUAAAGCUGUGCACAAAAUGUUCAUGCACUUAUUGGGGUUUGGGGAAAAGAGAGAAAGAUUUUUUUACUGCUUAUGAAGUUCCAUGAGUGAAAUGUUAGGUGUAACAUGGAAAGCUGUUAAGCAACCGUCCCUGUGAGCAAAGAGCAACGGGACUUUCCAGUCUACUGUCUUAAAAAAGUGCCUGUUGUCUUAAUACAGUAUGUGCCAUGAUAUUUUGCAUUUGUUUUGCUACAAAUACGCUUAUAAACGACCAAUGGAAUUAAAUUGUUGAACUAUGUAAUAUGUUACUAGUGUAGUUAAUUAACAUUUUCAUGAUCUAGUUGAGCCUUUUUGUCUUAAAGUCUUAAAAGUUCUUUAUGGGACAAUAUCUGUAAUAUUUCAUGUAUUUAAAAACUAACUGAAAGGUGAGUUUGACAGUCUUACAUUACUAGGGAUUGCACAAUACAUAUUUCACAAGAUUAAAGACAUAGUUCAGGAUACCAUAUUCAGGAUUGUCUGAAAAAAAAUAGUUGUUUCUCUUUUUUUAAUGGAAAUGUGUCAUAUUUUUUAAAUCAGGGCACAAUAUGCUACCUCACAAGACACUUUGGGAAGCAAAACAUCAAAAACAACCAACCCACACUAGUAGAAAGUUAUUAUGGUAUUCUGGUUCAAUCAUUUAAUCAUACUAAAAAAAAGUUUUAAUAGUGCGGUAACAGUACAUUCUAUAUAUACACAUACAUACAGCUCUGGAAAAAAACAAUAAAUAAGAGACCAUGUAAUAAAAUGAUGAGUUUCUUUGAUUUCACCAAAUUGAAAACCUCUGGAAUAUAAUCAAGAUGGAUGAUCACAAGCCAACAAGCUAAACUGCUUGAAUUUUUGGACCAGAAGUGGCAUAAAUUCAUUCAAAAGCAGUGAGUAAGAGUGGUGGAGGAGAGCAUGUCAAGAUGCAUAAAGCUGUGAUUAUUCCACCAAAAAUUGAUUUCUGAACUUUGUAAAACUUUAUCAAUAUAAACUUAUUUUCUUUGCAUUAUUUGAGGUCUAAAAGCUGUGCAUCUUUUUUGUUAUUUCAGCCAUUUUUCAUUUUCUGCAAAUAAAUGCUCUCAAUGACAAUAUUUGUAUUUGAAUCAGAGAAACUGAUUUAGAAACUGAAGGGGUCUCUUAUUUUUUUCAGAGCUGUAUGUACACACACACACUCUCUGCACCCAGAAACAAGUGUCAAAUUGCCAUGGUAUUCAGAAGGAAGAUAAAAGUGAUCAGGGACAGUGAUUGUAAAUGAUUACAAAUUAAGAUUAAUGUGAGUCAGUUCUGAGCUACACAUACAGACGUCAUGAAUUGCAACAUGCCAGAUGUUUCGGCAUAAAGUUGUAGAGGUUCCUAAUGAUGUUCUGCAAAAAUUCCAAACAAGACAAAAGCGUGACUCCUCGCUGAUGAUGACCCUCUGUCAUUCUGCUUUUGUCUUGGUGGAGACAACAAACAAAUCUUUGUGUUUAUUCAUUGUGAUAAGUGUCAAGAGCAAGAGUUUGUUGUCAUGCAUUACACACAUCCGGUUCUGGUGUCAUGGUGUGAUGUACAAUAUGCUUUGGUUGGCUUCUCAUCACUGGUUUACAUUUAAGGCACUUUGACUUCUCAGCGUUAUUACAUUAAUGAGGUCCUGCAAAUAGUGGCUCUUCCUUUUCUGGUGCACUGUUUCAACAAGACAAUGCUUAGUGUUCACAUACCAUUGCUGUCUCAACAGCUUUCCUUGAAGACAUUACAGAUGCUGUAUCGAGCUGCAUUGGCAGAACUGUCCCUAAUAGGAAAAAAUGUGGCAUACUGUUGGACACUAUGAACAGUCCACCUCUUCUGCAAAAACUGCAUGAUUUUUUUAAGCUUCAUGGGAUGGAUUAUUACUGGACACCAUUAGGAACCUCUACAACUCCAUGCUGAAACAUCUGUGAUGUUCUGUUACAAAUGUAUUACACACUACUUCUGUGUGUGUAGCUUAGUAAAUAUUGCCCAUAUCAGAUUAAUCAUUUUUUUGUUCCUGGUAACCUUCAUCUGAACUCUUCUUCUGAAUAGUUUUGCAAUCUGACACUUCCUUCUGGGUGCAUAUUUUUUCUGAUGAUGAUUGUAUGGAUAUGCCAGAGUUAUUUUGGAUUUUAAUUGGUCUAUUUAUCGUGAAAUUUUGACACAACAAGAAGAACAACUGCCAGGUUUAUAUAAAGUUUUAAACUGAAAAAACAAAAAGAUUGUUUUUUUUCUCUCACAAUUUUUACCUCUUGAAUCUGCCUGCUCUGUGAAACAUGUUAAACCAUGUCUUAAAGGUGUGCAUUUCUCCAUUGAAUUUGUAUCAGUUUAACACAUUUUUCUUAACAUUUGUCACUGAAAUGCUUCGAUACUGAUAUUAAUCAGUUUCAACUACAGGUGACGAUCCUUUCCUGAGUUUGCUCAAGCUUAUUUCUGUGUUUACUUACUUACUGUUUUGUACUUGUUUAAAUGUUUAAAUGGUCAGUGUGUAUGUUGAUGCUCAAUUUAGCCUUUUCCUGACCAGUACAGCCUCUUUCUUUGUAUUUUUGUUACUGCAUGCAGCAUGUGUAACGUGAUGACUAAUUGAGUUGUUUAUAAGGGCUGUGUCUCUAGGAAAAAUGCCUCUUAUUUUGUACAAACAGAAACAAAAUAAAUGUUUAAUAUAUUUAUUUGA